AUGCCGUACAAAGGUUAUGGACAAUACUGCCCGCUCGCCCUGGCUGCUGAAGUCCUCUGUGAACGCUGGACUUUGCUGGUGAUUAGCCGGGUGAUCGACGGGUGCACACGCUUCAAUGAAAUUCAUCGCGGCGUUCCGAAGAUCUCGGCCACUUUGCUCAGUCAGCGGUUGUCCAGUCUGGAGCAUGCCGGCUUGAUUACGCGCCGGGCCCUGGAAAACGGCCGGGGAUUUUCAUACGAAUUGACGGAUGCCGGGCGUGAACUCGAUCCGAUCAUCAUGAGCCUUGCCGUUUGGGGUCAGAAAUGGUCGCGGGAUAUGGAAACCGAAGAUCUUGAUCCGGCAUUCUUGGCGUGGAGCAUGCACACAAGGCUGAAUGUCGAGGCCAUGCCCGCGCACCGUAUUGUCAUGGAAUUUGCCUUUUCCGGGACGCACAAGGGCUUGAGCCGCUUCUGGCUUGUGGUUGAAGACGGUCACGUCGACAUGUGCCUUAAGUAUCCCGGUCUGGAGGUGGAUGUCGCCAUCUCUUCGGAUAUCAGGCGAUUUGUCGAAGCCUGGCGCGGCAUACGAGAUCUGCGCAGCGAAAUUGCCAGCGGUCAGGUGUCCGUGUCUGGCUCGACGGCCUAUCGCAGGGCACUGCCGGACUGGUUGAUGUUGAGCGCAUUGGCACUAUUUCCCAGACAAACCGGUAACGAGGCAGGUGCCGGAGAACCGCAUAUUGCGCGGACGGGUUAA